ACGUACAUCUGAAACAAGGGCUGUGAGAAAAUGAUUUGCAUUUAUACCAGGAAAGCUUUGUGUGCACAUACACUCACGUUGACCAUCUUGCUUUCAGAAGACUUUACCUGACUAAAAAGCCAACAGCACUAUUAAGCCACACAGCGGAAUUUUACUGACUUCUGAGAUACUGGCACUGUAUCAGUGGAAACAUGGAAGUACCAGCCUAUUCAAGUAAUGUCCAAGGAUGCUGAGUUGACUGCCAAGGCUGCAUUGUUUGGAGAAGUGCACUUCCUUUGUUCUUUAGUUGCUAGACUUCUUUAUUGUUGUUCUCUUCCCAGCCCAACAAAUAAACCUAAAGGGACAUCUGCUUAUACUUCAAAAGUUAAAAGGGGAUACCCCACAAAAAUGAACCAGCAUGGUUAUGACCGAUCGAGAGAUCGGCGGAGAUCUGGAGAUCGCUCUCGUGACUCUUCUCAUGAACGAAUAGAAAGUCAGUUAACUCCAUGCAUCAGAAAUGUUACAUCACCAACAAGGCAUCAUCACAGUGAGAGAGAGAAGGACCACAAUACAUCCCGUCCUAGCAGCCCACGUCCACAGAAGGCCUCUCCCAAUGGUUCAAGCAUCAGCGGAGGAAACAGCAGGAAUAGCAGCCUGUCAAGCACUGAUGGUAGCUGCAAAGCAGUUGGAGAGAUGGUAUUUGUGUAUGAAAAUGCAAAAGAUGGAGCACGGAAUGUUAGACCAGCAGAACGAGUAACACUUAUCGUGGAUAAUACAAGAUUUGUUGUUGAUCCAUCUAUUUUCACUGCACAGCCAAACACAAUGUUAGGAAGGAUGUUCGGAUCUGGAAGAGAACACAACUUUACACGACCAAAUGAAAAAGGAGAGUAUGAGGUGGCUGAAGGAAUCGGUUCAACUGUGUUCCGGGCUAUUCUUGAUUACUACAAGACUGGUAUCAUUCGUUGUCCUGAUGGUAUUUCCAUUCCAGAACUGAGGGAAGCAUGUGAUUACCUCUGUAUUUCAUUUGACUACAGUACAAUUAAGUGCAGAGAUCUAAGUGCACUAAUGCACGAGUUGUCAAAUGAUGGAGCUCGCAGACAGUUUGAGUUUUAUUUGGAAGAGAUGAUACUGCCUUUGAUGGUAGCCAGUGCACAUAGUGGUGAGCGAGAGUGCCACAUUGUAGUACUUACAGAUGAUGAUGUGGUAGACUGGGAUGAAGAAUAUCCACCACAGAUGGGUGAAGAGUACUCGCAAAUUAUUUACAGCACCAAGCUCUACAGAUUCUUCAAGUAUAUUGAAAACAGAGAUGUUGCUAAAUCCGUUUUAAAGGAACGUGGUCUGAAGAAAAUUCGGUUGGGUAUUGAAGGUUAUCCCACAUAUAAGGAAAAGGUUAAAAAAAGGCCAGGUGGCAGACCAGAGGUAAUUUAUAAUUAUGUUCAGAGACCUUUUAUCAGGAUGUCAUGGGAGAAGGAGGAAGGCAAGAGUCGACAUGUUGAUUUCCAGUGUGUGAAAAGCAAAUCCAUUACAAACCUUGCAGCAGCUGCAGCAGACAUUCCCCAGGAUCAGUUGGUGUACCCGACUCCACAGGUUGAUGAGCUGGAUAUUCUUCCAAUGCAUCCUCCUCCUGGCAGUAAUGACUUGGACUCUGAUGGGCAGAAUCCUGCCAUGUGAUUCCUCUAGUUUUCAUAUACAUUGCAAAAAAUUUACUUCAUUGUACUUGUGUGGUUUAAAAGCUUUUGUUCUUUUACUGUUAUAUCAUUUGAAAAAUAAAAUCAUUUAUUAUA